UGCAGGUGAAGCAGUACAGUAAGUUGGAUAUACACCGAACUUUGAACGUAUAGAAUUACAAAAUUCUGAACGUUCAAGAUUAGUUCAAGAGUUAGUGAGAGUCAUGACUCAAAUUCGGAUAUGUUUAUAUACUUAUUGAAUAUUUUUGGAGGACAGUGAUGUGAAGUAGUUUUGGUUUGAAACGCUUCAACGUAUUACAUUGAAAUUUCAGCGCCUGAACGUUUCUACUUCCGGUUCACUUGACGCAACAUUUGUUUAUCCAUCCGGGAUUUGCCGUUUUUUUUUUCGUGUACUGUUCUCCUAGCAAACGAGCUCUUUCAAAUCAUUCUCAUCGGCAUCCCACAGAUGUCACUGUGGGAGAUCUUAACCCUGAGAAACAAGAUCACCUCCACAUUAAACACGGGGAGGAGUAGGAGAUGCCGUACAUCAAAAAGGAGGCAGAGGCACAGACGCCCAGCAUCAAAGAAGAAGAACAGGAAGAUGAAAUCACCAAAUUUCCAAUGACUCUCGGUGUAAAGAGUGAAAAAGAUGACGAAGAGAGCGGAGCAGCAGAACCUUCAAACAACAGCUCAUUUCAAAACCUGACAACAAAAGGAGAGGGACGAUCGCGACCGGACGGCCUGUUAGCUCCCCUGUCGGACAGCGACGACGUAACAUCACAGUCUUCAGACUUUAACACUGAUGAGGAAGAGGAGGAGGAUUUUGACCAAAAUGCUGCAAAAUCUUUACACAAAUCAUCAUUUAAAAGACACGCAAAAGAAUGGGUGGUUGGGAAACCUUUUUCCUGCACACUUUGCGGCAAAAGAUUUUUACAGAAGACUGAUUUAGACAGGCAUAAGCGUACACACACUGGAGAAAAGCCUUUUGUGUGCACAUAUUGUGGUAAAAGAUUCACCGAGAAGGGAAAUUUAAAGAAACACACAGUUACACACACAGGAGAGAGGCCUUUUGCCUGCACACUUUGCGACAAAAGAUUUUCUCAGAAGAUUAAUUUGGAAAUGCAUAAGCGUACACACACUGGAGAAAAGCCUUUUGUCUGCAGAUUUUGUGGUAAAAGAUUCACUGAGAAGGGAAAUUUAAACAAACACACAAGCACACACACCGGUGAGAAGCCUUUUGCCUGCUCUCUUUGUGAGAAAAUAUUUUGCCGUAAGUAUCAGUUGACAAGACACAUGCAUACACACACUGGAAAGAAGCCUUUCGCCUGCUCAGUUUGUCAUCACGGAUUCAUUCUGAAAGGAAAUUUAAACAGACACGAAAGAACACACACGAGAAAGAUGCCUUUCGCCUGCUCAUUUUGUAAGAAAAGAUUUCGUUGGAAAUAUCAGGUGAAAAAACACUCACGUACACACACCUGAGAGAAGCCCUGCACCUGCUCAGCUUGUCAUAACAGACUCUGAAGGGAAUUUUAAACAGACAUGCAAUAACACACACUGGAGAGAAAACUUUUGACUGCUCGCUCUGUGGUAAAAGAUUCACUCAGAAGGGACAUUUAAGCCCCUUUCACAAACAUAUCCCAGUAAAUUUAUGUGUAAGGUGACACGGGAUUUACUCGCAUAAUGCUUUCACACAUGUAGAAAUAUCCCGGAAAUGACGCGGGUUGGACACAUUCCCAGACUUGUCCCGUCUUUUCCACUGGUGCUCUCUGUGUGGGGCGUGGUGCUUGCGCAAUUUUAUAACCUGGACAUUACCUCAUUUUUGUUUGGCUUCGGCUGCCACAAUGUUGGUCAAAUCUUGUUUUGUUACAGAGCCCUUUUGUAGGAGCGUUACCGAUGUUGUUGUAACUGCAGCCAAUUCAAGCUCAUCAAGACUGUAUUUAAGCCCAAGCGAUCCAAGAGAAGGGUGCUGAGAUAUUAACUUGCUCGUCGCCAUUCAACACCUCUGCUGCCCCUGAUUUGAAAUCCCAUACCUGUCAAGUUAUACGGUUUCGGCUUAAUUUGUACAAGUGAGCACUGAUUUUUAAAUUUGUACGCUGUACGUUCAGAAUCUGUACGUUUUUUGUGCAUUAUCUUUUUUUCUCCGUUCGGAUUUUGUCACUGUUUUGGCAACGAGACAAUGCGUUACUAUACGUUACUAUUUUGGUUGAAUUACGCGAGAAAAGUCAGAGACCCGGAGAGAGAAGAGUGGGAGUGGGAAGGAGGGAAGAGUGUUUGUUGUGACACUGUAGCAAACGCAUUGCGAGGCUAGGUGGCUCCAAUAUUUCCUGACUGUAGCCGGCAGCCUGCAGUCUACGCCUAGAUAUCACAUGCAUAUAGAACUACAUGCGAAAUGACAGACUCGGCGGCGUUAGUAAAUAGCCGCCAUUUUAAAGCAGUAGACUUCUCAGAAAGGCUCUGUUGUAGUGAACCUUCCUAGCGGACCUAAGUAACUUUUAUCUAAAAUACUCCUAAAUCGGCAAAAUCUUGACUUGAAUCGAUCUUCAAAUGAUGACACAGUUUUAAAACUUUCACGUGUCGAAAGUAGACAGAAAGGGGACCAAUACAAAAACGGGAGCAAUUUUAACAACUUUAACAGUUAAUUCACAACAUUAAAUGACUUCCAAACAUAGCAAAGGUUACUAUGUUUUUGUUGUUGUUUUUAAAAAAAAAUAAAAAUAAAAAUAAAAAACAUGAAAGGUAGCACCAAUUACUUUGCUACAUAACUACUCUUACAUUCAGGUAACUAACACCAACUACUUUUUGGAAGAAGUAAUUUGUAACUUUAAUUAAUUACUUUUUUAAAGUAAGAUUAACAACACUGGUCAUAAGGAUGAAGUCUGCAGAUUGAAAAGUGAUGAAAGCGGAGAUUUUGUUCUGCCAAUUUGUUGCCAAACACAAUUUUCCAGCAACUAUUGCUGAUCACUUCUCAAAAUUAGCAAAAGAAAUGUUCCCUGACUCAAAGAUUGCAUCGAUAAGUUAAUUUUAUCAAUUGAACUUUUUAAUUUAUAAUUGGACACACUAUUUAUUAUUACUAUUAUUAACUAUCCGUUAUACACUUUUCGAACUACCUUCAAGUCAAACUGAAUUGCGAGGUUAAGUCCCAUGAAGUGCAGCCAUAAAAGACAUGAUAGAAAUUGCCUAAAGUGCUACAUACAAUUAUAACAAAAGCAGUUAAAUUUUAGUAAUCGUGACGUACCUGAAGAUAUUGAUUGUUCUUUCAUUGCACCAGGUUAUAUGUUGCAAUAUUACCAAUAAAUUCAUAUUAUUUUCAAAAUGGAUUCUUAUUUUUGUUUCACAUUGCAUGCUAUAUAAAACGUCAGAUUAGUCACCAAUUUGUAAGGGCAUAUGUCACUAUUUGUAUGAUUGCCAACGGCCUCGUUGUUGACAGGUAUGAAAUCCCCUACGUUGUGCUGGUAUUUGAGUGUAUUUGUUUUGUUGUCUAUUCGGUGGUCUGCCUAGCACCUAGUUUAGAAUUAUUGAUCCCUGUUGACCUACUGUCAUGGACCCAUUGUGUUAUUCCACCCUCCCUGUGAUCGCGUGUAUUUUUGUAUUUAAUAAACCC